AUGGGCCUUAUAUCAUCACAGAAAGUUGUUACGCGGGCAGAAUACUACGGCCGGCGAUCAAUCUUACAGCCUGGUAAUCGCGAAUGGGUUACUGCGAUCGAAGCAAUAUGCGCUGAUGGCUUCUCGCUGCCACCCUGUAUUAUAUUCAAAGCCCAGGUUUAUAUCGCUGGUUGGUUUGAAUCAAAUCUUCCUAGGGAUUGGCGAAUUGAAAUAUCGAAUAACGGCUGGACUACCGAUGAGAUCGGCCUUCGCUGGCUUCAAAAGCUCUUUAUUCCAUACACUGCUUCGCGUGUACGAGGGCGAUUUCGGCUAUUAAUCCUUGACGGCCACGGUAGCCAUCUUACACCUCAAUUCGAUCGAAUCUGUGCCGAAAAUGAUAUCAUACCACUUUGUAUGCCUUCACAUUCGUCUCACUUACUACAGCCGCUUGAUGUUGGGUGCUUUGCAGUGCUAAAGCGUGCGUACGGUCGCUUCAAGCUUUUCAACCAAAUAUUAUUCAAAGUAGCUUCGCGGCUACUGGUAUCGUACCAGUAG